UCAAAGAUGGCGGCGCCCUGUCGUUCUGUGAAACAAGUGUACGCUCUUGAAAUCGUUCAAGUGUAAUGUACUUUUAAGUAAUGCGGGUUUAUUUUUGUAUGUCAGCAAGCGGAAUGUGUUGACUUCAUUUUUAAUUAUGCUGUUAAGUCCCGUCGAGGUAUUUGGAAUAGAUAAAAGUUGAGAAGAAGAAAAAAUGUUUCCAGCUUCGUGUUCGCGACUGUCCCGUCUGUCUCUGUCCAUAACCCGAGGACAGAGGAGUCUGAGUUUGUUCUCCAGCUCCGGAUCUCCCAGCUGGAGCAAAGUGGUGUCGGAUGCGGAGAAGAUAGUGGGUUACCCGACCUCCUUCAUGAGUCUGCGGUGCCUGCUCAGUGACGAGCUGAGUAACGUGGCCAUGCACGUCAGGAAGCUGGUGGGGACCCAGCAUCCUUUACUCAAUACUGCCAGAGGCUUUGUCUUCGACAGCAAGAACAAUAUUCAGAUGAGAGGGCUGAUUGUCCUGCUCCUGUCAAAAACCGCCGGACCGAGCUGCGCUGUCUCUGAUCUGCCGGUUCAGGACAUGGUCAGCGGCAUCUACCCCAGUCAGAGGAACCUGGCGGAAAUCACUGAGCUGAUCCACACAGCAUUCCUGGUGCAUCGUGGGAUCGUGAACCUGAAGGAGUGGACAAUUUCAGACGGUCCGCUGAAGGACAUGGAGUUCGGAAACAAGAUGGCCGUCCUCAGCGGUGACUUCCUGUUAGCUAACGCCUGUACGGCGCUGGCCCAGCUCAACGACACAAAGGUGGUCGAACUGAUCUCCAGUGCCAUCGGGGAUUUAGUCCAAGGGAUCUAUUAUGAGAAUUCCUACAACGCUGAGGACGUGCUCACCGAUGGCGUCGACGCGGCGUCGUGGGAGGAGCAGAUGUUCAUGUCCCACGGGUCGCUACUAGCCAAGAGCUGUCAGUGCGCCAUGCACCUCGCCAAACACGACAAAGAGGCCCAAAGACUGGCCUACCUGUACGGAAAGCACCUGUCGCUGGGCCACAAGCUGAACUUCGACCUGCAGCCAUUUGUGAAGAGCGGGUCGGGAGACCUGACGUCGUUCAGUUUGAGCGCGGCACCGGUGGUCCUCCACCGUCAAAUCGUCGGCAAAGAGGAAUGGCAUCAGCAGCUUCAGCAGGCUAAAACUUUGAGAAACCAGCUGGAUUACUCCAAGCUUCUGGCGGCGGUGAAGUCGGAGAAAGGCGUGAGCUCGGCCGUGGACUUGUGCUGUUACCAUAGCAACAAGGCUCUGGAGGCCAUCCAGGAUUUCCCCUCCUCGGAGGCUCGGUCCGCCUUGAAGAACAUCGCCUCCGCCAUCGCCAAAUUUUGACCCGCACACACACAUAAACAGAGGAAUGUGUGUCUGGAGGAACCGUGGCUCAUCAAACGCAAACACUCCACUUGAGCACGAAGCCAAAUGUUUUGUUCGGCUCUGAUGCUCCCCCUCCGCCGCACCAGGCCUUUAUCGUCACCUUUUCUUAUCAGCGCACACAGCGGAGAGCAUCGUUUAAGACGCCUUGAAGAAUCUGGAACAAACAGACUUCUUUCAAAUUUUGUCCCAAUUGAAACUGGAGCUGCUGGACGCCAGUUUAAUCGUGAAAAAUUGGUGCCCCAGACAAGAAAACCUCACGGGAAUCAGGAGGACCGGGUGUGUGGUUCCAGUGGGCCCAGGGGCGUGGAAAGGUCACCUCAGCCUCUCUCCUCGGCCCCAGCCAGCGAGCGCAGCGAAGCUCCACCGAGCAGUAAUUAUUAAUGAAGAGACCUGAGCAAAUGGACAGGAAAUGCAGAGGUAUUGAUUGGGCCGGCUGCCCUGCUCUGAGCCGCGCAGCCUGGCGCCAGCCUGGUGGCCUGUGGUUUCCCAUGGUCUGCGGAGGGCGGGGGGCUCAGCCAAGGUGUGAAACCACUGGGGCCGGCAGCUGCCCAUCACG